UGUGAAAGAAAAAACAUGCCGCUAGCAAAAGAUUUACUGCACCCUCUGCCCGCUGAGGAGAAACGCAAGCACAAGCUGAAGCGUCUGGUCCAGCACCCGAACUCGUACUUCAUGGACGUGAAAUGCCCUGGCUGCUACAGAAUCACAACUGUGUUCAGUCAUGCACAGGGCGUCGUGGUCUGCGCUGGCUGCGCCACUAUUCUGUGCCAGCCAACUGGAGGACGUGCCAAGCUGACAGAAGGCUGCUCGUUCCGCAGGAAGCCACAGUAAAAUGGUACUCUUCUUGGAUGAACCACAAAUUAUUAAUUUUUUAAUAAAAACUAAAACGUAAAGAAUCCACACGAAAAUCAUCAACUCUUUCAUUCGACAAUGUGUACCACAUCGCUUUUCUAGACGCCGCCGCUGUUCCCAAGGGAUUGAUUUGUGAGAAGCGAAGCCUGAAAGGCGAGCCACCAAACAGAAUAAAAGCCGCAAGCAGCAGGAGCAGCGACAAUUUUUAUAUUAAGUAGUUUUUAAACUGGCAUGUAGACGCAACCAAAACGUUUGAACUACGGAGAAGGAUUUAACUGUGUGGCUGUAAAAUAGAAAGAAAGCUUGUAAUAUAAAAAUUCCUGCCUUUCUUUGGUUCA